GCGUUCCGUUUCGCACCACAGAGGUUCGAGUAUAAAAACGGUCCGUACCGAAAUGAGAGCAAUCAGUAGCCUUCGAGCAGUCUAACUGAAGUGCACGAUGAGAGUUCUGAUCUUCGCCGCCGUCCUCGCCUACGCGUCAGCAGUGCCCUCGGGCCUGCUCGGCCACGGCCUCCUCGGGCACGGGUACGCCGCCCCUCUGGCGGUUGCCCACGCACCUGUAGCCGUCGCCCCCGCCCUCCCCACCAUCUCCCCCGGUGACCUGCAAGGAGCCGCUAUCGACGCCCACGUCGAGGCUUCCGACCACGCCCGCGCCGCCGUCGACGCCGCCCGUGAAUACCACGACCAGGCUUCAGAGCUCCAAGGCAGGGCCAUCAAUGCCGCCGAAGACCACUCCUGGCAAGCGGUCGAUGCUGUCAAAACCGCUGAGGCCCAGCUCGAUGGACAAGCCGCUGGUGUGGCUCCAGUCUUGGCUAAACAGCUCGCUGGCCAAGCUGCCUACGCUGCCCCGCUCGUCCACGCUGCCCCAGUCUUAGCCCAUGCCGCCCCUGUAGUGGCCGCUGCGCCAGCCCUGUCCUACGGAUACGCUCAUGGUUACGCUGCCCCAGCGCUCGCUGCCAGCAAGACUGUGGUCACCCAAUCUCUGUCCCAGUCCCACCCAGCUCCCCUAGUCCACUCCGUCGUCGCCCCGGUCGCGUACGGAAACGCCCUGGGUUACGGUCAUGGGCUCGCCCAUGGAUGGUAAAUUGUGAUAUUAUAUAUUUAGAUACCAAAAAUACUCACUUUGGAAUGUACAUAAAUUAAAAAAAAAAACAGAGGCGAGGAUGAGUGAAUAAAUGAAAUAGUAAUUUUAUACAUA